AUGCUUUUUCUUCAUCAAUUAAAAGUUCUCCUAUGGAAAAAUUUCACUCUGAAAAAACGCAGUCCGUUUGUACUGCUAUUCGAACUGGUCAUUCCAUUGGUCUUAUUUCUUGUUAUGACGGGUAUUCGCAAAACUCAAGAAGCAUCUUUCAAUCCACAGUCUAAUUAUACAUCAACUUUUCUCGAUCAUACUUACCGACCGAAACCAUUUCCAUCAACAGGAGUUUUUUCAAUUCUUCAGUCAUUCUGUCCAAAAUCCGCACCUAGUAACGAACAAGGAUUUAGUGUCUUUCCAAAUGGAACAUCAACGGAGCUAUUGACAAAAAUUGAUCGAAUGUCUCGUACGAAUCCAUUUUUCACUCAAAAUUUUUCUAUGCACGAUAUUGAUGCAUUGCCCGACAUUUAUGAAACGAUGAUCGAUCGUCCCGCUUUUAUUUACGACUCAUUAGAUAAUUUAACUUUUACAUUCACAAAAAAUCUAACCCAAAUUUGUUCAUUCUUUGUUACACAAUUGAAUUACACCGAAGAUCAAUGUCACUUACUCUUCAACAAUACUCAAAUCAAUCUAAACAAUUCAAGAUUUAAAAGAGAUUCGACAAUUCCGGAUAUUCUUCCUCAUUUAUUCCCGAAAUCAUCCACUCGUCGGAAACGUGAUACUGAAGAUGAAUUUUCUUGGGUUGAACUCUAUUCACUGCUGGAAUCAUCAUUAGAACCUACGGAAUACCUUCGAGCAAUGCUCUUAUUGUCGAAAAUAUCUUCACAAAAAAGCUUGAAAAAUUUAACGCCGGAUGAACUUCGUUUAUUGGCAAAAAUAAUCAAAAUUUUUUUAUUUCAUCCAACUUCACUAAAACGAGUGUUUUGUUCACCUGAUAAAUUCGAUCUACUUUUUCAAUUUAACUCUACAGCGAUUAAUCGGACGGAGCUUCAAGAACGCUUAUGCAAUAUGACAGACGAACAGUAUCAAGUGCUUUCAAAUUUAUUGAUCAGUUCCAUCUCCGAUGAUGAACUUAUCCAAGUGUUACAAUUGAAUCAUGUAGAAAUUACUUCAAUGAUCUUUCAAUUGGAUGAUUAUAUAGAUAAACUUGAAAAAUACGCUGUGUUCGAACAAGGUUUACAAGACUUAUAUGAUGUCGCCAGACUUCUUCGCACUAAUUCUUGCUAUAUUAAUAUAAAUAACAAUGAUACAUCAGCAUCAUCAGAAAUUCCAUCUUCGGAAAGUUUUAAUGGAAAUAUUGACACAGUUGCGAUGAAUAAAUUAAAGAAUAAAAAAGGAUUUUUCCCCUUGUGGCUCGGUAUGCAAGAAGCCAUUUGUGGCGUGAAACCAAAAGUCAAUUAUGAUGCAGGUCAAGGAACAGAUGAUGAUCAAUUAACUGAUUUUGCGGAAUUAGGGAUAUCUGACAAUCAACAACGACAAUUAGGUCUCUUAUUCUACGUUCUCUAUGGGAAUUCAAUGAUUUUAUAUUCACCAAAUUCUUCAUUAAUUAACGGUGUGAUUUCUAAAGCGAAUUCUACGUUCGUUUUGCUUGAUACCAUAACUCGAUAUGCUCAUGAAUGGGCCAAUGUUUCCAAUACUUUAACGAAGUAUUUUCUCGCAAAUGGUACUGACAAAAAGGUUCAAUCUUUAAGACGCAUGAAAAAUUUUGUGAUUAAAUUUGGUCCUUCGCUUCAUCUUUCAUCCAUGGAUCGAAUUGUAAAUAUUCUGAAGAAUUUAAACGAUCCAUCGAUUGAUAAUUACAUGAAACAGAUUACAACAAUUGAUAAAGCUGCUUGUAGUUGGCGAAGUUUGAUAUCAGGAAUCAAUUUAAAUGUAUAUAAAGGCUUUGCUGACGAAACUGAUUUAGUUCAAUACUUUCUUCAUCGUGCUUAUCAUGAUAAUUACACAGUUUUAGCCAGUGUGGUGUUUUCGAAUGUGAAUGGAAAUCAUACGAAGUUACCACCGAAUACGAUUUAUAAAAUUCGACAAAAUGCUUCACUAACACCAUCAACAAAACGCGUUCGAGAUCGAUUUUGGGUACCGUCACCAGCGCAAAAUGGUUUUAAAUAUUAUGAUUUCGGGUUUAGUUGGGUCCAGGAAGUUAUUGAUCGUGCAAUAAUCGAUACUCAGGUAGGAAAACCUGUUGUUGAACCCGGGUUAUUCUUUCAAGAAAUGGCUUAUCCUUGUUAUACAUAUGAUAAUUUCCUUCAAAUGAUCCAACAUGCUCUUCCGUUAUGUUUAACAAUAUCCUGGGUUUAUGCAUUUGCCAUGUUAACUCAAAGUAUCGUCUAUGAAAAAGAAGUUCGAUUGAAAGAAGUGAUGAAAAUCAUGGGUUUAAGCAAUGGUGUUCAUUGGGUUGCAUGGUUUAUCACGAUAUUUAGUCAAACGACACUCGUCAUGAUUGCAGUUACAUUGAUCUUACAUUAUGGAAAUGUACUUAUGCAUUCAAAUGCUUUUCUCAUCUUUUUAAUCUUUGAAAUUUAUGCAUUAUCAUCGAUUAGUCUUGCAUUUCUUGUCAGCGUGUUUUACUCUAAAGCUAAAAUAGCUGCUGCUUGUUCAGGAAUUAUCUAUUUGUUAACGUACGUACCGUGUAUGUAUAUAUCCAUUCGAGAAGAUUUGGCGCAAGAUACAAUACCACGAUGGGCAAAAAUGUUGGCAUCUUUACUGUCGACAAGUGCAUUUGGUAUGGGAGCGAAAUACAUUGCAUUUUAUGAAAAUAUUGGUACUGGAAUUCAAUUCGACAAUAUUCGUUAUAGCCCAGUCGAAGGUGAUCGAUUUACUUGUUUCGAAACCGUUCUUUUCAUGUUACUCGAUACCAUUCUUCAUCUUCUUCUCAUGUGGUACAUUGAAAAUGUAUAUCCGGGUACAUAUGGAAUUCCGAAGAAAUGGUAUUUUCCGUUCACUGCUAGUUACUGGACUGGGGAAUCAUACGUUCAGCCAAAUUGGUUAAAAAAACUGAAGAAAACGAGAUUGUUCAACUGGUAUAUUUGCAAGAAACAUCACAUGUCUUAUCAAUUCAAUUGGUCAUCAGCAUCCAUAAGUCAAAUAACUGGCGAUUCAAAUCGAAAUGAAAGCUAUUUCGAACCAGAUGAACAAGUAAAUCAACAAACAGUUGGUGUUCGAUUGCUGAAUUUAACAAAAAUAUUCGAUAAAAAGAAAUGUGCCGUACAAAAUCUAUCUUUAGACUUAUAUGAAGGUGAAAUUCUUUCUUUUCUUGGACAUAAUGGAGCAGGAAAAACGACAACAAUGUCAAUUUUAACGGGUCUGAUUCCAGCGACAUCAGGAACGGCAACUAUUUACGAUCAAGAUAUCAAUGUUGAUAUGGAUAAAAUACGAAAAAAUCUCGGCUGGUGUCCUCAACAUAAUGUUCUGUUUGAAAAAUUAACGGUCGAAGAGCAUUUGCUAUUCUUUUCAAAACUAAAACAGGUUCAAAGUCGAGAGAUGAAGAAAAUGAUUGAAAAUAUGUUAUUUGAUAUUGGACUAACAGCGAAACGUAAUGCAAUGGUUUCAACAUUAUCCGGUGGAAUGAAACGAAAACUAUCUGUUGCAAUGGCGUUUGUUGGUGAUGCAAAAACAAUUAUUCUUGACGAACCAACAGCCGGUGUGGAUCCAUAUGCACGUCGUGCAAUCUGGGAGUUAUUAAUCAAAUUGAAACAAGGACGAACCGUUUUGUUGAGUAGUCAUCAUAUGGAUGAAGCUGAUGUUCUCGGUGAUCGAAUUGCCAUUAUUUCAAAUGGACAAUUGAAAUGUUGUGGAACAUCAUUGUUUCUCAAAACAACAUUUGGCGAAGGUUAUGUGUUAACAUUAGUUAAAAAUGAUCCGUGGCUAUCGUCAAAAGAUGAGAUAACAUCAAUGAUUGUUCAAUGUAUCCCCAAAGCUUUUUUGAAAGAAGAAACAAGAACUGAACUUCAAUAUGUUUUGCCAUUGAAAAGUCGUCAUUUAUUUCCUGAAUUCUUCUCGACACUCGACUCGCGAAAAGAAUCCUUAUCCAUCAAAGGUUAUGGUUUACAAGAUGUUUCAUUAGAAGAAGUUUUUCUCAAAGUAACUGAACAAUUCAAGAAAACACCUAGUGCUUCAGCUGUUGAAUCACAAUUGAACACGCCUGUGGAAACUCCUGAUUUAACAACAACGUCAACAAUCACUGAUACAUCAUCAACAACGCCACAUAUUCAACAUAACGAUCGAGUUACUGGAACUCGUCUCUAUGCAAAACAAGCGUUAGCAAUUAUUAUCAAACGUUUCAUAUUCAAUUACCGAAAUAUGCGUGGAUUAGCAACACAGAUCUUGUUACCUGCGUUUUUUAUUACUGUUGCUAUGACAGUCGCACUAACUGCGCCUGGUUUUGCUGAUCCCCCGUCAAUCACAUUAUCUACUUCAAUGUUUUCUCGUAUGAAUUCUCUAUAUACACCCGUAUCUGGUUUGAAUAGUUAUAAAUACAAGAAUCUUUCUCAACUUUACUCAAUGAAUGCUAAUCCGUAUGAUUUAGCCGAGACCAUUCGUUAUCCAUCUGGCCUCGGUUCAACUUGCUUAUUGAAAAGUCCAUACAUGAACGAAACUAAAUUAACAUUCGAGAAUUUAACUGGCACGACUUGUGAUAGUGUUUAUAACAAUAAAUAUCAAGUCGGUUCAACGCAGGAUAUUAAUUGGAUGGAAAUGUUCGAUAAUCAUAAUGUCUCAAUCAAUCGAACAUAUGAACUAGAAAAUGUGUUCAACAAUACAUAUUAUUCACCUUGUACGUGCUCAAAGAUUCAAUCACGAUUUGUUUGUUCAUCAUUUGCAAAGCCACCAUCAUUCGAUCUACUAACUAAUGAUCAUAUCUUAAACAUAACAAAGGAAGAAAACGAAAUUCUCUAUUAUUUAUAUACAAUAGAUAAUCACCAUUUAGAUCGGUAUGGUGGUUUGUCAUUUGGUCUAGCUCAAGAUUAUAUCCCAGAUGACUAUCCCAUCAAUAAAGAUAGUCAACACUUACAUAAAUUAGCUGUAAAAAAUACGGCCAGAAUAUUUACGAAUCACAAAGGCUAUCAUAGUUUACCAUUGUAUAUCAAUAUUAUGUCAAACAGUAUCCUUCGAGCGAAUUUACCUCUUGAAAAAGGUCUUCCUUCAGCAUAUGGAAUUACUACGAUAAACCAUCCAAUGAAUGAAACAAAUAAUAUGUUAUCAACUGAAUUUAUUUUACAAGGAUCUGAUGUUGUCAUAUCAGUCUUCAUCAUUGUUGCCAUGUCAUUUGUUCCUGCGUCGUUUACCUUAUUUCUCGUUUAUGAACGAGCGACAAAAUCUAAACACAUUCAAUAUAUCAAUGGUCUUUAUCCCUUAGUGUAUUGGUUGACCAAUUUCGUUUGGGAUCUUCUAAAUUAUCUUCUUCCGGCGGCUUGUGUCAUUGUUAUUCUGCGUUUAUUCAAUGUACCGGCAUAUGUCGAAGGAGAAAACUUUCUUGCAGUGAUUAGUUUAUUUCUUAUGUAUGGCUGGUCAAUUAUCCCUGUGAUGUAUCCAUUUAGCUUUCGAUUUAGUGAACCAAGUAACGCAUAUAUAUUUUUAAUCGUGAUUAAUCUAUUUAGCGGUAUCACAUGUAUAUAUACCUCGUUUUUUCUCGAAAUCUUUGCACUCGGAAGUCCGGCAACAUCGACAUUGAGUGUUUUUACACGAACAAUCAAGAAAAUAUUUAAAAUCUUUCCGAAUUAUUGUUUAGGAAGAGGUUUAAUUGACAUUGCAUACAACGAUUAUUAUAACUCAUUUUAUAAGAAAACCGGUCUCAACGAUCGUAUUCGUACUCCAUUCAUUUGGGAUAUAACUGUAUCGAAUUUAGUAUCAAUGGCUAUUUGUGGUUUAGUCUUUUGGACAUUAACAUUGCUACUUGAAUAUGGAUUCUUCUAUACGCCAUCGAUUCCUGACGCAUUACCUUACUCUCAUUUAGACGAAGAUGAAGAUGUUGCUCAAGCACGUCGACAUAUUGUAAAUAAAACUGUGCAUGAUAAUAUUUUAGUUAUGUCGAAUCUCUCGAAAUGCUAUCGUACAAAGAAAACGAAGAAGUUAAUCGCAGUUAAUAAUCUCUGUAUGGGCAUUCGUGCUGGAGAAUGUUUCGGAUUGUGCGGAGUGAAUGGCGCAGGCAAAACAACAACAUUUCGAAUGUUAACCGGUGAUCUCCGCCCUACAGCUGGUUAUGCUUACGUUCAUGGGUAUGAUAGUAUUCAGCAAAAACGACAAGUUUUCAAAUAUAUUGGGUACUGUCCACAAUUUGAUGCCCUUUUCGAUGAACUGACACCUGUGGAACACAUGUUACUAAUGGCACGGUUGAGAGGCAUCCGUUGGCAUGACGAAAACCAACAUGUUCAGCAAUUGUUAAAACGUUUAGACCUUUGCGAAUAUUUGAAUGUACCUGUAGGAAAACUAUCAUUAGGAAAUCGAAGAAAAUUAUCCACCGCUAUGGCAUUGGUAGGAGAUCCAUCGAUCGCAUUUCUCGAUGAACCAACAAGUGGAAUGGAUCCAUCAUCGAGACGAUUCUUAUGGAAUGUUAUUCGACGUUUAGUUAAAGAAGGCAAAUCUGUCAUUCUCACUUCGCACAGUAUGGAAGAAUGUGAAGUUCUCUGUUCAUCGAUUGCCAUUAUGGUGAACGGUUGUUUUCGCUGUCUUGGCUCCACUCAACAUCUGAAAAAUCGUUUUGGCGAUGGUUAUACAAUUAAAAUUCGUCUCAAAUCUUCGACAAAUUUCGAAUUAGAUCAAUCGAUAGUCGAUUGUUUUUCGUCGAAUUUCGUCUUGAAAGAACGUCAUAUGAACGUUGUACAAUAUGAAAUCGCUGAACAACAUGUUUUAUUGAAAGAUAUUUUCGCCAAACUGGAACAUUUACUGAAUAAUCAGCUGAUAAGUGACUACAGUGUCACACAAAAUACGCUUGAUAAUGUAUUCGUUAAUUUCGUGCGUGAUCAAAGUGAUACAUUACAACGAACAAAUGGCAGAUCGAGACGACGACAAGGACAAUUUGACGAUAUUCUCGACGAUACAUUUGACGAUGGAUCCUUCGUCAUAAGAAGAUCAAGUAGAAAUACAACUUCGAAUGAUCGACAACGAAUAAUCGAUUAUAUCGAACUUGAAUGCUAA